CUCCUUCUUGCAUCCUUCCUCCCCAUCCUCUCGUGAUAGCCUGUUACAGUCUGUGGAGAAGGUUCUGGGACAGAUAGACCAUUGAUUUGCAUCAUGAGCCAUGGGCUGCUGCUUGUCGCGAGACCCUUCUGGCUUCCCGCAUGCUGCUCAUGCCGACCAAGGCCAGCACGCCGAAUCCUUUCAAGGCACCAAUCCCGCUACUGAAGGAGCUGGUCCAAACCCCCCAGGCUUGAGCCGGUCUCUAUCUCGCUCUCGCUCCAAUGCCUCUACCUCUCGUCCGCCACAUUCGACUCGCCGUCGCCACCAGGCUGUUGCUCUGAGCGAACACUAUAACCAACCGAUCCGCCUCCAUGUCUGGCGCAGCAAGCGUCGCGCAUGGUCGAAACCUCAGAUAGAUCGCGAACGUCGAGAAUUUUUUGACACCCGAGUGACCGGGAGACCGGAAGUAUGGGCGGCAUUGAAACUAGCAAUCUCGCUCAUGAGAAGUGGUGAUUUACCUACAGCACAGAGCAUUAUUGAUGCUGCUGGGGUGACUGUCCCGACAGGUGACCUUUGUGAUGGCUGUUAUGACGAAAAUGGAGCAUUGUAUCGACUUCCUCAAGUUAUCGUUUCAGAUCCUUCAAACAUUGUCGAUGCGAGAGGCGGAGAGGAAGACAUGCGAAGCGGUGAAGCUGACGACGAGGUUACAAAUACCAAGCUGGCAAUGGAUAUCGACUCGGACGACGAGCUAGAGGAAGAUAUUGAAGACAAACGCGAAGAAAAGGGGAAGAGAAAUGAGAGAGAUAUGAUCAAAGUCUGUGCAAGACUUAGCGAUCGAGGUGGUCCUGACUUGACUAUUGAGAUUGGCAAAGAUCAAUCGGUCGGCGUCCUAGUGCGAAAGAUACAGAGCGGGGCAGCGCUCACGGGCCAGCACAGACUUCGAAUCGCAUACUUGGGCAAGAUAUUGAAAGAGAACGAAACGCUACUUUCCCAGGGAUGGAAAGAAGGCCAUCUCGUGAAUGCACUCGUCCUACAGCGCUCUUCUUAAUUAGUGUACCAUGCUGCCUCCGAUUUUCAACACCCUCUCAGUCUCGCCUCGCGAUAGCUCCGUAUCCGCGAAUCACCAUGUCCUUUUUUCCCAACCUCUUGCAGUUGAAAUUGGCCGUCACAACGCAUACAAGGCGCCCGGUGCUUGAAGUUUAUUACGGCUUUUUUUCCUCGGCACCAAAUGCCACCUUGUAAUGAUCUACCUUUCCUGCUUGUUUCCCUUUGCGCCUAAUCCUGUUUAAUGAUCUGUUCCAUUGUGCAAUUAUACCCUAUAUCACCUAAUUCACGAGGGCCCUGUUCCCACUUUGUCUGUCAUUCCAUCAGGUAUUUAAGCGUGGUGUGCCGGGCGUUACGGUUGAUUUGAAGCUCGCCGGCCAUGCCUAUUAUGAUUUUGCGCUCUGUUCCGAUAAUGUCCUGAGUUUGUACUAUGUCUGUGACUUUCGAUUCUACAACAAGUGUUUAAUAUUAGCCAAAGUGUAUAUCGCG